CCCCCUUGAGGUCACGUGGGUGGAGGCCCGGCCUUCCCUCAGAGCGACCGGGCGCCGUCGCCAUUCACGCCGACUCCGUCACCGUCGUCGCCGCCGCCACCGCCGCUCUCCUCGUCCUCCUCGUCCUCCUCGCCCUCCUCGCCCUCCUCGCCCUCCUCGCCAUCAUGCCCCGGGGGAGCCGCAGCGCCGCCGCCCGGCAGCCCAGCCGCUCAUUCCAGUCCCCCGCCCAGCCCCCCGCCCACCCCCCGCCCACAGCCGUGGCCGCCCCCGCGGCCCCGUCGGGGCAGCCCGGGCUGAUGGCCCAGAUGGCCUCCACGGCCGCGGGGGUGGCCGUCGGGUCCGCCGUGGGCCACGUAGUGGGCAGCGCCCUGACCGGAGCCUUGGGCGGAGGGAGCAGCUCCGAGCCGGCCCAGCCGACCGGCCCCGCACAGGUGCAGCCGGCCAGGCCGCCCUCGCAGUUCGGGCCUUGCCACUACGAGAUCAAGCAAUUUCUGGACUGCUCCACCAGCCAGAGCGACCUGACCCUGUGCGAGGGCUUCAGCGAGGUGCUGAAACAGUGCAAAUACAACCACGGUCUGAACUCUCUUCUGUAAGGAAGCCGGCCCCCAGGAGCGGGGCCCGGAGCACCCUUCUGCAGCCGAGGGAAGCGCAACCAUGCAGCCAAAAACCUCGGCGUGGAAAUCGGUUGACAUUUGCCCCGAGUGAGCGCGUGGGCUGGGAGAUUUUAGAAGUCAUCCCGUGGCAGACUUGAAUGGCAGAUGUGCAAUUAAAGAAAGUUUAUUUUAGUCUA